AUCUGAGAUACUAAAUACUUCCUAUAUGUCAUUUUAAUUAAUAAACUUAUACAUAAGACACUUUGUAUAUAAAUUCAAUGAAUUGACAAUGAUAUAUUUGAAUCAUUAUAGAUUCCAUCAUUACAAUUUUAAGGCAUACAUCUAAUAAUAUAAUAUAUUAAAGUAUAUGCUAUAUACACAGAAUGUUAUAUGAUCGUUGCAAGUUUAUUAUCUUCAAAUGUAUAUAUGUAUGUAUGUCAAAAUGUAUGUUCAUUUAAGAAUGCGCAUGUGUACAAGGUAUAUACAUAUUUAUUAUAAUUAUCUCUGUUGUAAAUUAUAUUGAAAGAAUAUGUAAAAAUUCUAUAGAUUUGUUCAAUCAGAAUCUUCAAUUUUGCAAUCAAAUAAAUGUUGAAAAAUAAGGAUAAUAAUUUUUCAAUAUUACAAAUGAGUACAUUAUAUUACAAAAAUGUACCAAAAGCAAAAAUUAUUAAAUGAUGAUAAAAAUUAAUACAAAUAAGUUAUAAAAUUACGUAUCUCCUCUUUUGUUCAUAUGCUAUAAUCACAAACCUGAAUCUUAAGACCAUUUUUGUAUACACGUUAUAGAAAAUGUACUAAAUUAUUGUUUUUUUUAAUGUUACAUCGAUUCAAGAAUCCUUGACUCUUAUGAGUUUCAUUUAUCACUAUCAAAUGUUUGAUCACGUGGAGAGAUACUUUCUUAUGAUUGGUUAAUUUUUCUAACCGUUUUCAAAAUGGAGUUAAAUCCUUCCAAUUCCAAAAUUACGUUGUUUCUUAUGGACCAUCGAAUAAAAAAUCUUAUUUGUAUGAUGUUAUUGCUUGAUAUGAUAUUGUUUAUGUGAUGUUAAUAUUUUCAUAUAUACAUAAAUCAAAUAUUAUGAAAAAAAGUAUGUUCGUGUGAUGAAACUAUGUUAAUUUUUAUGAAACAAAGAAGAGAGAAGAACUUAAUGAAAUGGAAGUUAUACAGAAUCUUGACAUUUCAACCGAUUCACAGACAAAUGGAUUUGACUUGUCUGCUGGAAAUAUAUGGAUAUAUCCAGAGAAUUAUCCUGUUCGAGAGUAUCAAUUUAAUAUUGUUAAUAGAGCUUUAUAUUAUAAUACUUUAAUAUGUCUACCAACAGGAUUGGGAAAAACAUUCAUCGCUGCUGUGGUAAUGUAUAAUUUUUGGAGAUGGUAUCCAUGUGGAAAAGUUGUGUUCCUUGCACCAACAAAGCCCUUAGUUGCUCAACAGAUUGAUGCUUGCCAUAAUGUAAUGGGUAUUCCAAGUAUAGAAAGUAUUGAACUCACAGGUAAUGUAAAUCAUAAGACACGCCAAACAGCUUGGUAUAAAAAAAGAAUAUUUUUUGCUACACCUCAAGUAUUUCAUAAUGAUCUUGAAAAUAAUAUUAUUCCCAGUGAACUUAUAAAAUGUGUUGUGAUAGAUGAAGCACAUAAAGCAUUGGGUAAACAUUCAUAUUGUGAGUGUAUCCGUAUAUUGAGUGAGAAAAAUCAAUAUUUUAGAAUACUAGCACUUUCUGCUACGCCAGGAAAUAAAAUUGCUAAUGUUCAUCAGAUAGUGCAAAAUUUACACGUUGCACACAUAGAAUUAAGAGAUGAAACAUCUCUGGAUAUAAUGCCAUAUAUUAAUAGAAGAAAGACAGAUAUUAUUCUAGUACCUCUUGGUGAAGAAUUAGAAAAGUAUAAAGAAAGAUAUAUUAAUAUAAUGGAUCGUCAUGUCAAAUUUCUCAUUAGAUGUAACGUUAUUCGUGGACAAACUGCGACUAUUUCUAAAGGCAAAAUAUUUGUGAUAAUGAAAGAAUUUCAAAAGACGGCAAAUCAAUCAGGAAAUAAUGGCCAAAUUAAGAAAACAUUAAAUAUACUACUUACUAUGUAUCAUGCUUAUGAAUUAAUGAUUCGCCAUGGACUUCGUGCCUUUUAUAAGUUUUAUCAAAAUCAUUCUGAUAAAUUUUGGAUGAACAGUGAAAUUCAAUUACAAGAAUUAAUAGCAGAAGUUCAAGCUUAUUUGGGACCAUUUCCAGAUGUUCAAUUAUUUAUUAAUGGAAAUAUUCCUGAAAUUCCAAAUGAUCUUGUAUUCGGACAUAAUAAGUUUUUAAAAUUAAAAGAAUUGUUAUUGCAACAUUUCAAGAUGGCAAGUACUACUGAAAAUGAUACAAGAGCUAUAGUAUUUGUAGAGUAUAGAGACAUUGUCAGCGAGGUAUAUAUUUUAUUGUUACAAGCAAGACCAUUGAUAAGACCACAAAUGUUUGUUGGUCAAGCUGAACAAAAACAGAAACAUCAAGUAAAGGCAAUAGAAGAUUUCAGAAAAAAUCGUGUCAAUGUACUCAUUUCUACCAGUAUAGGUGAAGAAGGAUUAGAUGUUGGAGAAGUAGACUUGAUAAUAUGUUUUGAUGUAUCACAAAAAUCUCCAACUCGUCUUGUACAAAGAAUGGGAAGAACUGGAAGAAAACGAGAGGGUCAUAUAAUAAUUCUUGUUACGGAUGGCAAAGAGCACGAAGCUUUAAAAUCUACAAUAGCAAGAAGAGAAUCUUUAAACAGUAAAAUUCUUAAUACAAGCAAUAUAUUUUCCUCUUUAUAUCAAAACAAUCCUCGCAUGAUACCAAACGAAUGUAGUCCAGAAUGUCAUAAAAUGCAUAUUAAUGUACAACCAAAAAGUCCUGUGAAAAAAGAUAAAAAGUCUAAAAAGGUAGAUAAUAAAAAGUUAAAUGAAACAUCGAUGAAAAAGAGCAAAAAUGUCAAACAAUCUUUUACAAACGAUAUAAAAAAUACGAAUCAACCUUCAUUGUCCAAAUUUCUCGUAAAUACAAAAAAUAAUGAACAGUUCAAUAAUGAUGAUGACAAUGAUGAUGAUAAUAUUGUAGAACUUGUGAAACCUACUAUAAUAGAAACUGAUUUAAAUAAUAAAACUAAUAAUAAAACUAAUUUAAUAAAAGCAUCGAACGUUAAAUUGCUUAUUUGUGAUACUGAAGCAGUUGAUUUUUUAACAUUGUGUGCUAUGAAGAAAUCAGAAAAGGAAAUGAAACUCGAAACACCUAAAAUGGAUAUGACUUAUGUUUCUUUAACUGAAUCAAUUACAAGUUUCGUUGAUUUCACUGUACCUAGCCUAGAUAUACUUGAUGACUUGGGUAAUCAUUUAAGUAACGUUAAACUAAACUUAAAAUUACCAGAAGAAAAUUCUCAAAGUGAUUAUGAUGACGACAAUUUUUGUUGUAACAAUCAAUAUAAUAUUAUGAGUCCAGUAAACACAGUCAUGAAUGAAUGUAUUAAUGUUAGUGAGUCUAGAUUUGAAGAUCUACUCGAUGAAAGUACUGAUUCUAACAAUACAAUAUUAAAUUCUAAUGAAAAUGAUGAAAAUAAUCUGGAUACUAACGUUAAUAUUGCAGAACACAGCAAAGGAAAAUCUGUAACUAAUGUAAGGAAUAGUGAACAACGUGACAAUGAACUUAGUUUUUUUGAAGAUAUAUUCAAUGAUUCAUUUGAGUCAAUUGAAAAUGAUUUAGAACACAAUGAAUUGAAUAUCGAUAAUGUCGAAAAUAAGGAAUUAAAGAAAUUGGACUCAUCGAACAAUGACUCUUCCAAAAUAGUAACAACUGAUAAAAUACAAGAAGAAACAAAUAAUUUAACAUUAUCAAAAAUGCAAGCUAAGGAAGUACGUUCAAAGCAUUGUGAGUCUAUGUUUUCCAUAACUCAAGCUGUUAAUGAAAUAAAAAAAAUAAAUUCCAAUCCGAAUGCUCGAACUGCACUUGCAGAAAUAAAAGAUACAGGACAAUAUGUAACGCAAAAGUCCAAAUGCACAUUAACUAAUAAUGUAUCAUAUGUACAAAGUAAUGUACAAAUCAAUGAUUAUGAAUCUGAAGAUGAUAUAUUUGCAUCCGAAUUAGAAGAAGAUUUGGAAAUUAAUAAUGCAGGCAAUGAGUCAUCAAACAAGGAAAAUCCGACAAAUGAAACUUUAUCAAAUUCAAAUAUCAAUAUUCAUAAAAAUUUUAAAUGUAUAGGAGACAAUCAAUUUAAAGUCGAUGCUUUUGAAUGGAAUAAUGAUUUUGAAGUAUCAUCUAUUUCGGCUGCAAAUUCUAAAUACUUUAAUAAUUCUACUAAUGCUAAUUUAAGGGUAAAAAAUACCAAUACUGUAGCAUCGUCUUUCGUAGAUGAUACUGUGUGGAAUGAUACGGAUAGCGAUGAAUGGAUAUCAUUCAAUGAAAAGUCUAAAUCAAAAGAACAUACUAAGAGUAGUUCUUUGCGAAUAUCAAAAAAAUUGUCUACCAUAAAACAUUCUUUUUCUAAUUUCACUCCCAUGGACGAUCAGAAUGAUUCUGAAAAUGAUUUCGUUAUAAAUUUAAACGAUAUAGAAAAAUUAAAUGAUUUGGAAACUAGUUAUUUCUCUAAACAGAAAAAUCAAAAUUAUGAUAUGUCUAUUCCAAGUAGUAGCAAUUUCAAAGACAAAUCUUUUGAAAAAAUUGAAACACCAGAGACGAUGUUAAAAAAUUUGAGUUCUUUUAAAGCCCCAGAUAAAUAUUUAAAAAAACAGUACUCUAGCAUAGCGAGUCAGAGUACUCAAUCGAAGCAUAUCGAUUCUUUAACGAAUUCCUCAUACAAAAGUCAAUCAAUAAAAGAUAAAAGCAAUAAGAAAAAUCAAUGCAAAUAUAUAGAUAACGAGGCAGAAGUAUUUUUUGAUAAUAGUUCCGACGAAAGUUCUGGCAAAGACGAGGAUCUAUCAGAUUUUGUUAGUUACACUCAACACGAAACGGAUGACGAUAUGCAUGCUUUAUAUUUACAAACCGUUAAAAAUCCUAUCAAACGACCUGGUGCUUUUGUUUUUAAAGAACCUAAAGAAUUUAAUAAAAUGAUAGAGAUAUAUUCUCAACCUUGUUCACAGGCGAAUGAAUCAUAUCUUGAGGACUCUUUUUGUAUAAAUGGUGAUCAAGAUGAUGUUGAUGAUAGUAAACAUAAUCAUGGAUAUUCUAUAUUGGAAGAAGCAGAGAAAAUAUUAGAAAACAAAAAAAGAAAACGAAUUAAAUCUAAUAGAUCUGAGAAUAGAGGAUGGAAACAUAGAAAAAAAAGGAAAAAAUUGGAAGUAUUAAAUAUUUCUACGAGUAGCGAGGAUGAAACUGAGAGAUUACGUACAGAGAUUCAAGAUGAGUCGAUGAUGUUGAAAGGUUUACAUCCAUAAAAUUUUGUAUCGCGUUAUAGAGUGUAAGAUUAAAAAUGUUAUUAUAUAUUAUACGAAACUAUGAAAGAUAGAAACCAAGAAAAUUUAUCUUUGAUAUUAUUACUUUUAAUUUUACACCUAAUGUAAUUUUUUUACUGCUUUUUUUUUUUUUUUUUUUUUUUUUUUUACGUAAAUGUUUAUAGACAGUAGAGCAUUGUUCUAUAAUAAAAUUUAUGUUGAAUGGAAAUAUUUCUCGUUAAGAUGUUAUAUCGUAUAUUACAGAUACGUGCAAAUUUUUUCGUCGGAAAAGCGAAAAAAUAAUUCUCUCAUUAUUGCUACUCCUAAUAGUUUAUACACUUGAUUGUACUUAUUCCAAUGUUUACAGAUGUUAUAAUUACAUGCAUACAAAGUCAUUAUUUUUAUAACAGAACCUUAGUAAGAUCGUGGUGUAACAAUGUAACAACAGUGAAUAAACGUUGAAUUGUUUGAAUAUUGUGAGAACGAGAAUGUGAUGUUAAGUACAUACUUAGAUAAAAAAAAAGAAAAAAAAAAACCUAGAAAUAAGGAACAAUAGAUUCCACACGAGUCAAUUUUGCACGUCUCUUUUAUACAAUAUAAAUAUUAUUUUAUCAUCUUCGAUACCGUGAUCAUUCGAUGUUUAUUGUUAUUUGAUAGUGACUAAAUUGUCACAACCAAGUAUGGCAUUAAUCCAUAUAAUGUUUUCUAUUUGUGUUUUCUAUUUGUAUUAAAUAGAUGAAAAAUAAUCUAUAUAGAGGAGAGAAUUUGACUUAAUAAAUAACGACAAAUGAUUAAAAUAAAUAACAACAUAAACAUUCAACGGUAUCGUAGAGAACAAUAAUAAAUAAUCGGCUAAGAUUGAUGCACGAACGUAUUUAUGUAUGAAUUUAUUAAUGGCCGUUAGUUAUAAUUGAUCAUUUUUACGUUUGUAAUGUGCCAUUUAUUUUGAAUAUGAUGUUUUUGUAUAAUUUAUAUACCGCAAUAACAAAUAUUAUAAUGAUUUUUUCAAAAAAAGAAGAAAAAAAAGAAAAAAAAUAAAAACAAAUAUAUUAUUUAUUUCUCAUUCCUGUUAGAAAUAACGUGUAAAAAUUUUAAGAAAUUAGUCGUGGCAAAAAAAUAGACAACUUCUAUAUAGAAAAAUGGAUAAUAUCAAGCUGUUUCAGACAAGCCAGGUAUACUUUGUCAAGUGAAAGUGCUGUCCUUUAUCAGCAAGGGAUGAACUAUUAAAAGAAAGAAAAACGACGCACAAAAAUGUACCUGCAAAUUCUGCCUGUACUAUAUAAGCAAAAGGUACGAAAAUAUUCGUCAUUUGCUGAACUACGUUAAACGGACAAGAACGGUUUGAAAAGUUCGUGUACCCCAACGAUCUACAAAAACGAACAUUCAUUAAAGUAAAGUGUGGAUUUACGUGAAAGACACAAUAUGUUUCGUUUUUUAAUAAUAUCCACAUUGAUUAAUUUGGGAUUGGCGGGUUUAAUCGUAAAACG